AACUUGAGCGCCGACGCAGGAAGGUCCGCCGCUUUCCCUUGCGUCCGAUGUCGUCAUCUGUACGCCGAGUCGGACUUGCUGAAGAGGCACGUGCGUGGUUGAAUGGAGCUGGUAGCUGGUUGCUACGAGCAGGUCCUUUUCGGCUUCGCUGUGCGUCCGGAGGUCAAUGCAAGCGGCGACCGCAAGCAGAAAUGGAAUCCUGUGGCCGACUUCACUCACCAUGCCCACACUGCGUCCUUGUCAGCAGUGGCUGUAAACAGUCGUUUUGUAGUCACUGGGAGCAAAGAUGAAACCAUUCAUAUUUAUGACAUGAAAAAGAAGAUAGAUCAUGGGGCUCUAGUACAUCACAAUGGCACAAUAACUUGCCUGAAAUUCUUUGGCAACAGGCACUUAAUCAGUGGGGCAGAAGACGGACUUAUUUGUGUCUGGGAUGCAAAGAAAUGGGACUGCCUGAAGUCGAUCAGAGCUCACAAAGGACAUGUGACCUUCCUUUCCAUUCACCCAUCUGGCAAGUUGGCCCUGUCUGUGGGUACAGAUAAGACAUUAAGAACAUGGAAUCUUGUGGAAGGAAGAUCAGCAUUUAUAAAAAAUAUAAAACAAAAUGCUCACAUAGUGGAAUGGUCCCCAAAAGGAGAGAAAUACGUAGUUGUCAUACUGAAUAAAAUAGAUAUAUAUCAGCUGGAUACUGCAUCUGUCAGUGGUACCAUCACAAAUGAAAAGAGGGUGUCUUCUGUUACCUUUCUUUCUGAGUCUGUCCUUGCAGUGACUGGAGAUGAAGAAGUUGUAAGGUUUUUUGACUGUGAGUCACUAGUGUGCCUCUGUGAAUUUAAAGCUCAUGAAAACAGGAUAAAAGACAUGUCUAGCUUUGAAAUUCCAGAGCAUCAGGUUAUUGUUACAGCAUCGAGUGAUGGUUUCAUCAAAAUGUGGAAGCUUCAGCAGGAUAAGAAAGUUCCCCCAUCUUUGCUCUGUGAAGUGAACACUAACGCCAGGCUUACCUGUCUUGGAGUGUGGCUAGACAGAGUGACAGACGCAAAAGAAAGCCCUCCUCGGAUUACAGAGCCUUCCCUUGUAACUGAAGAAGAACAGUCCAAAACCAACAAAAAGGAAUCUGGCAGUGUAGUGCAGGAAGAAGAAAGGCAGUCCGGACCCAGCGUGAAGAAAGGUGGUUUAGCUGGUGACGGUAGGAAUAAGCCAAUGAAAGGAAAUAGUCUGAUGUCAACCAAGAAGAGGAAGAUGGUAGAAAUGUUGGAAAAGAAGAAGAGAAAAAAGAAGAAAAUGUCAGUGGUGCAGUGAAUCCCAAAUUUCUCAUAAGAGAAGAAAACUUUUCAGAUGGAAUCAUUCUUCCCAAAUAUACCUAAUUUCUUGUCCUGAGUAAAGCUAAGAAUUUCUUCUUUUGGAGAAUAUGUACAGCUUUAAAAGAGCCACUUUUAGGUGGUUUUUAUUUUAACAGUGGUAAAACUUUUCAGUAGGCAACAGCUUACUAAUUAUAUGUCACAGUGAUGUGUAGUGUGUUAAAUGUAUAAUAUAUAAUUUUUACUGUUGUGAAAAAGAUCUUUCUCAAUAUGUGAUGGUUAAAAAUAGUACAGAAUCUUAAAUAUAUUCCUUACCAGAGGUGGAUAAAAGAGGUUUGGUUUUUUUUUGUUUUGUUUUUUUGUUUUUUAUAUUUUUCUCCUAAAUGGGGGAAGAAUUAUAAAAACUGCUUUAUUUUGGCUUUUUCAGAUCGUUCUAGUAUUUUAAUGCAGAUUUUCUUCAUUUUGAUAGCUAAAGUGUACAAAAAGAUUUUCACACCAGGAAAUAAAGACAAAUGUAAAAAGUAUAGACAUAUAAAAUACACAUGUAUAGAGCAUAUGCUUAAGUUUACGGCUAUGUAUAAAAAGGUUAUUAGAAAUAUUGCCGUACUUCAUUAAAUUGUGCUUCUUCCAAGCUGUGAGUGACAAGGUA